CACACCCGCACUACUUCAACCAACUGUCAUGCGGACUGGACAUUGUCUCUCUGGCCGGGGAAUGGCUAACAGCUGCUGCCAACACGAACAUGUUCACGUACGAGAUAGCUCCGGUUUUCAUCCUCAUGGAGCACGAAGUGCUGAAGAAGAUGCGGCAAAUCAUUGGCUUUGAACAUGGUGACUCCAUCUUGGCACCAGGAGGAGCAAUCUCUAAUCUGUACGCGGUGAUUGUCGCUCGACAGAGAAAGUUUCCAGAGUGCAAGACAAAGGGACUGAAGGCUCUGCCACAGCUGGUUCUUUUCACAUCCGAGCACAGCCACUACUCAACAAAGGGAGCUGGCGCAACGUGUGGAUUCGGCACUGACAAUGUCAUUGAAGUGCCAUGUGAUGAGAGAGGUAAAAUGAUUCCAUCCGAACUGGAGCGACUGGUGCGCGAAUCGAUCGAGAAGGGAAAUCGGCCUUAUUUUGUCAACUGCACUUGCGGCACCACCGUGCUCGGCGCGUUCGAUCCAAUCAAUCCAAUCGCUGACAUCUGCGAGAAGUACAACUUAUGGCUGCACAUNCUGGCUGCUUGGGGUGGAGGACUGCUGCUCUCUGCCAAGUACCGUCACAAGUUGGCUGGCAUUGAACGCGGUGACUCGGUCACCUGGAACCCACACAAGCUAAUGGGCACUCUGCUGCAGUGUUCGACCGUCCACUUCAAAGAGGAUGGACUACUGAUUGAGACCAAUCAGAUGUGUGCUGACUAUCUGUUUCAGCAAGACAAACACUACGAUGUCAGCUAUGAUACUGGCGACAAGGUCAUUCAGUGCGGUCGACACAAUGACAUCUUUAAGUUGUGGAUUCAGUGGCGAUCAAAGGGUGACAAGGGCUACGAAGAGCACAUUGACCACUUGCUCGAGAUGAGUGAAUACUUGGUGCAGGGCAUGAAGGUUCGUGGUGACAAGUUUCACCUCAUUCUCGAGCCGGAGCUGGUGAACGUCAGCUUCUGGUAUGUGCCCACUCGUCUGCGAGGCGUUCCCCACGAUGCCGAUCGUAUUCGAGAACUGGGAGCGAUCACCCCCAAACUGAAGGCUCGCAUGAUGAACAAGGGCAGUCUGAUGAUCGGCUAUCAGCCACUUGGCGAUCUGCCCAACUUUUUCCGCAACAUCACCUCCAAUGCAGGCAUUCAGAAGAAGGACAUUGACUAUCUGCUUGAGGAACUGGACCGCCUGGGCCACGACCUGUAA